AUGUUCGGUACUCGCGCUGUUCGCUCCGGGCUUCCCCACGAUGCUACAGGUGUAUUGGUAGAGCCAAUCUGCCUUGCCACAACUUUUGCCCAACAGGGAGUUGGAUCCCCCAUGGGCCCUUAUGUCUACAGUCGCCCCAGCAAUCCCAACCGAGAGGGAUAUGAGAAAGCAGUCGCUGAUUUGGAGUCUGCUAAUCAUGCCCUGGCAUUCUCUUCUGGGAGAGCUGCAACAGCCGCCGUCAUUCAAGGCCUUUCUUCAAAGUCACACAUCGUAUCAAUGGCCAGCAUGUACAGUGGUAAUCACCGGUAUUUGACACAAGUUGCUCUGGCUUUUGAUGUGGAGGUUUCAUUCGUAGAAGAUAUUCACACUGGUCUCGCUCCGCUUCUCGAUAAACUCGGCGAGAACGUCAAACUCGUCUGGAUCGAGACUCCAAGCAAUCCAACUCUAUCUCUCGUUGAUAUCCAGACUGUGGCUAAGCUUGCUCAUCAGUGGGGUGUGUUACUUGUCGUUGACAAUACGUUCUUGUCGCCAUAUAUCCAAAAUCCUCUAAAGCACGGUGCGGAUAUAGUUCUACAUUCUGCCACUAACAACUUGAGCGGCCACAGUGACGUAUUGAUGGGAACGGUUGCGUUCAACAGCCCCGAGAUCCUCGAAACUCUCUCCUUCAUCCAAAAUACCGCUGGAAGCGUUCCAAGCCGCUUCGACUGCUGGCUCGCUCAUCGAGGCCUGAAGACUCUUCAUCUUCGCGCAUCUGCAGCUUCUCACAAUGCCUUGAUUUUAGCAAAAGCUCUUCAAGCAUCACACCAUAUUAUCAGCGUAGAUUACCCCGGUCUCGCUGAGCAUGCGCAACGAAUGCUUGCAAUUUGCCAACACCGAAAUGGAUUGGGUGGAGGUAUGAUAUCCUUCCGUAUCCGAGGUGGACUCAAAGCUGCAGAGCGGUUCUGUGCAUCAGCUAGACUUUUCACUCUGGCGGAGAGCUUGGGGGGCUUAGAGAGUCUUUGUGAGAUUCCUGCUAUCAUGACGUAUAAGGGAAUGCCGGAAGAUGUGCGUGGAGGUGCUGGGAUUUAUGAUGAUUUGGUUAGGCUUAGUGUUGGUAUUGAGGAUGCUGAUGACUUGUUGCAGGAUCUUUUGGCGGCUUUAGAGAAUGCUGCUCUUAUAUAG